AUGUCGUCCAGCACUUCUCGUGGGGGUUGCGAUGUGCCGGUGGCCAUCAUCGGCAUGGCCUGUCGCUUUCCAGGCGAGGCGACGAACCCGUGCAAAUUCUGGGAACUCCUGAAGGAGGGAAAAGACGCCUUUUCCGAACCGGACCGGUUCAACGCGUCAGCCUUUUACCACGCCAACAGCAGCGGGCGGCAAAACGUGCUGCCCUGCAAGGGGGCACACUUCCUCAAGGGCGACCCGUACGCCUUUGACGCGGCCUUUUUCAACAUGACGCCGGGGGAGGCGCUGGCGUCGGAUCCGCGGCAGCGCCUGGCCCUCGAGGUGGCGUACGAGGCCCUCGAGAACGCGGGUAUGACGCUGCAGCGCGUGGCGGGCUCGCGCACGGCUUGCUUCGUGGGCGCGGCGGCCAACAUGGCCGAGUACAGGGACGGCAUCGUCCGCGACUUUGGGAACCAGCCGCAGCACACCAUCAUGGGCGUCUCGGAGGAGCUAAUGAGCAACAGGUUGUCGCACUUUUUCGACCUGCACGGCCCCAGCGCCACUGUCGAGACGGCCUGCUCGUCCAGUCUGGUUGCUGUUCAUCUUGCCUGUCAGAGUUUGAGGUUGGGCGAGUCCGAGAUGGCCGUUGCAGGAGGGGUCAACCUGCUGCUGUCUCCCGACACCUUUAUGCAGCUGCAAAACCUCUCGGUGCUCAGCCCCGAGGGACGCUCACGAUCCUUUGACGACGAGGGUCGCGGCUACGGCCGAGGCGAGGGUUGCGGCAUCGUCGUGCUCAAGCCGCUCGCGGCGGCCCUGCGCGACGGGGACCCGAUCCGCGCCGUCAUCCGCGGCACCGGAUCAAACUCAGACGGCUGGACAAAGGGCAUGGCCAUGCCUUCGGGAGAGUCGCAAAUGCACCUCAUAAAGGACGUUUACGAAACCUUCGGUCUCGACUACGCCGAGACGCACACCAUUGGACGGGCUGCCAGGAAUCAGAGGUUGAUAAUGGGCAGCGUCAAGCCGAAUAUCGGCCACCUCGAACCAGCCGCGGGUAUCGCAGGGUUGAUCAAGGGCGUACUGGCGCUCGAACGCGGUCUGAUCCCACCAAACAUACACCUCAACAAAAUCAACCGCAAAAUCCCACUCGACGAAUGGAACAUGGAGGUGCCCACGAGGUUGACGGCAUGGCCAGUCACCCAGCAACGCCCCAUGAGCAUCAGCAGCUUCGGCCUCGGCGGCACCAACGCCCACGUCGUCAUGGAGGCGCACAAUGCCGCAGCCGCCGUCGACGACCAAGACAGCCGCCCCAAGAGCUCCAAGAGGGUGUUUUUCCUCAGCAGUCAGGACCAAGGGGGAUUUGCCCGCAUCGCCAGCUCGCUCCUCGAGCACCUCGACGGCCUCGGCCCCCUCGCCGCGCGCCCUUUGUACCUUGCCGACCUGGCCUACACGCUCGCCACCGCGCGGGCGGGGCUCGGUUGGGUGAGCAGCUUCGUGGCAGAGAGCCUGGCCGACGUGCGGGAUCAGUUGACAGCGGGAGUGGGACGAGAGGCGGUGCGACGACGCAGCAGCGGCAGGAAGCAGCCCAGGCUGGCCUUUGUCUUCACGGGCCAGGGCGCGCAGUGGGCCGGCAUGGGGAUCCAGCUGCUCUCGAGACCCGUGUUUGCCGCUUCGGUGGCGGCUUCCACCGCCUACCUGGCUCGGCUCGGCUGCGAAUGGGAGCCGGUUCGAGAGCUGGAGAAGAGGGGGGACGAGAGCCGGCUCGGCAGAGCAGAGGUCAGCCAGGCCAUCUGCACGGUCCUGCAGAUCGCGCUGGUCGAUGAGCUCAGGUCCUGGGGGGUGCGGCCGGCAAGGGUCAUAGGUCACUCGAGCGGGGAGAUAGCUGCGGCGUACUGCUUGGGUGCACUGAGCCACUCGGACGCUAUCGCGGCUGCCUAUUUUCGUGGGAAGGCCUCGGCUGCUGUAGCCGAGGCCUCCUCGAAACAGGCAACGGAAAUGGGCAUGAUGGCCGUCGGGUGUUCGAGGGAACAGGCUCAAGAGCUCAUAGCCGGUCAGAAUGGUUGUGUCGACGUGACCGUGGCAUGUGUGAACUCGCCCGAGAGUAUAACGCUCUCGGGACACGCGACAGAGCUUGAAAAGAUGGCCGAGGUGCUCCAGGAGCACAGCAUCUUCCAUCGGCGGCUCAAGGUCGAGAUUGCCUAUCACUCCCCCCUCAUGGCCGCCGUCUCCGACAAGUACCUCUCAUACAUUUCCCACAUAGAACCCAGGGAGGCGUCGGACGCCAUGUCGGAGCCUGCACCCAUCAUGGUCUCGAGCGUAACGGCCUCGGAGGCAACUCCAGACAUGCUGGGGCCGUACUACUGGCUCGCCAACAUGAUGUCUCCGGUGCUCUUCUCGGACGGCAUUGUAGAACUGGUCCGACCUUGUAUAGACGGCAACCACACAAGAGAAGAAGAAGUCAAUACAAUUGACAUGAUGAUCGAAAUCGGGCCUCACAGCACCCUGGCCGGCCCCGUCGACCAGACCCUGUCGCGCCACGGCCUGCGCGACAUGGAAUACCACUCGGUGCUGCUGCGCGGCCGCGACGCCGUCGACACGGCCCUGGACCUCGCACGCUCCCUCUUCCACGCCGGCGUGGAGAUCAACGCAGCCCGCGCCAACGGCGACGUCGGCGCCAAGCUCCUCACGGACCUGCCCCCUUACCCCUGGAACCACGACCGCGCCUUCGACGCGACGUCGCGCAUCCACCACGAGUACCUGCACCGCAAGAUGCCGCGCCGCGGCCUGCUGGGGGCGCCGAUGCCGUCGACGGACCAGGCGCAGCGGGUCUGGCGCGGCUUCAUCCGCCUCGAUGAGGAGCCCUGGCUGCGCGGGCACAAGGUCGGCGGCACGGUGCUGCUGCCGGCCGCGGCCAUGCUGAGCAUCGCCAUCGAGGGCGGUCGCCAGCUCGCCGAGCCGGGCAGGACGCUGCACGCCGUCAGGCUGCGCGACGUUUCCUUCUUUGCGGCGCUGGCCCUGCCCGAGUCCGCCGCCACCGAGGUGGUCUUGACCAUGCGGCCGCACCUGCUGGGCACGGCAGGGCACAACAGCACCACGUCGUGGUGGGAGCUGUUGAUAUCCUCGAGCGCCGGGACUGGCCCGCUGCGCGACAACUGCCGCGGACUGUUGUCGCUGGACUACAAGGAGGAUCGGGGCGAGCACAUGGAGCGUGAGGACGGGCACAUUGCCGCCGAGAGGUUGGAUGGCUACCGUAGGGUGCUUGACGAGUGCGGUUCCGACAGCUAUGCCGAGGAGGACUUUUACGAGCAUCUCGCCGGGCUCGGGUUCCAGUACAGCGGGCACUUUCGCAGCGUGCAAGACAUACACCCCGGCGACGGCUGUUCAACAUUUGGCGUGCGCCUGUCCAGCCUCGAAAACGACACUUUUAGCGCGGGACAGCUGCAGCAGGACCAGCUCCUGUCCAGACCAUUCCUCGCGCACGGUGCCACGCUCGACGCCAUAUUCCAGGCCUGGAUCAGCAGCACCCUGCGAGACGGCCACGUUCAGUCCCAGAGGCCGUACGCGCCGACCUUUGUAGCCGAGAUGGAAGUGUCUGCCGACUUUCCCGAGCCCAAGGGCCAGCUCCUCCCGGGCGUCUGCCACUCGAGGCGCAGCGGCUUCAAGGAGUGGUCCGUCGACACGAGCCUGUUUGACGAGUCGCGGACCGUGCCCUGUCUCUCCUUUACCGACUUCCGCCUCAGCGAGCUCGAUGACGGGACGGGCGGCGUCGCUGCGGUCGGCUCCACGGCGGUGCCCAGGUCGUUGAUGGCGCGUGUGCGCUGGGACGAUGCGCUCGACCUGAUGACGCCGGCCGAGGUGAUGAACGCCGUCUCUAGUCGGGGGUUGUCUACUGAGGCGGAGAGCCUGUCGAGGCUCGUGCGUCUGGUGCUCCACGGGCUCAACCCCGGUGCGACGACCGUCGAGCUGGUGCGCAAUGCUGUGGAGCCGCGGCUGCUGGCCGACCUGUCAGUGUCAGGUUCAGGUUCAGGUUCACCCGAGGUUGUCGUGAUCCCCUCAUGGGUCAAUGAUAUGGGAACUGAAGAGCUAGAUGAAGUGCUGCAGCGCCUGCUGGGUCUAGCCGCGCCCGAGGCGGCAGUCGUCUUGGCCACCGAUAUCCGCGGUGUGACCUCGACUCUCGAGUCCAGGGGCUUCACCUGCUCCUUUGCCACCGCUGGAGCGCCCAUGUUGUACCGUCGCCGAGAAACACCACCGCCUUCUCAGAUGCAGAACGGCGCCCCCACCAAUGACGUCGUCGUUGUCGAGCCGGCGGCCGCAUCACUAACAGAUCCGGCCGUGCAGCGCAUCAUCGACACGCUCCUCGAGGACCUUUCAUCGAAUGGCAAGAUUGUCCGACACCAGUGGGCAGCCGCCGGGGGACAGCCUCCAACCACAAACGAGGCUGUAUUCGCUGGCAAGACCGUCAUCAGCCUCCUGGAGCUCCAGCAGCCGUUCCUCGAAUCCAUGACGGCCGCGGACCUGCAGGCCGCCAAGGCCAUGAUGCAAAGGAGCGCACGGCUGCUGUGGGUCACGCGCGGCGACGACCCCUCGCUGCACGUCGUGGACGGCCUGGUGCGCUGCGUCCGCAGCGAGAACCCCACGGCAGACGUGCGGGUGCUGCACCUCGGGUCCGAGUCCGAGUCCGAGUCAGACUCCGACCAGGUCGAGAAGGCCCCUAGGCAGAUUGCUCGCCUGGCCACGGCCGAGCUGACGUCCAAGGAUAGAGAGUUCCGUGCGGCUCAAGGCCGGCUGCAGGUUGCCAGGAUCGUCGAGGACCCCGAGGGUGAUUCCUUGGUCGCCGAGCAUCUGGCCGACUCGAAGCGCCUUGUCACGUUGAGCGAGCUCGACUUUCCCGUAAAGCUGGCCAUCGGUCAGCCGGGACUCUUGGAUACUUUCUGUUUCGUCAAUGAUGCUGCUGUCAUGACGGAACCGCUGGGUGAUUUGGACGUCCAAGUCCAGGUCCAUGCGGCCAGUCUCAAUUUCAAAGACGUCAUGGCCGCCAUGGGAAUGAUAGCCCUACCCGCAUUGGGCUCCGAGGCCAGCGGUAUCGUCAUCCGUGCCGGCAGCGGUGUGACCAACGUGCAGGCGGGCGAUCGCGUGGCCAUCCUGUGCCCCCUGGGCACGCACAAGACCCUCGUAAACGUCAAGUCCAGCCUCGCCACAAAGCUGCCAGACUCGUUGACCUUUGAAGAGGCCGUGUCCGUCCCCGUCGCAUACAUCACAGCCUACCACGCACUCGUCAACGUCGCCAGGCUAUCCGCGGGCCAGUCGGUACUCGUCCACGCCGCCACGGGCGCCGUCGGACAGGCCGCCAUCCAGAUAGCCCUGCUGCGCGGCCUCGUCGUCUACGCCACGGCGGGCUCCCCCGAGAAGAGGGCCUUUUUGACCGAGCGCUACGGCAUCGCCCCGUCCAACAUCUUCCACUCGCGCGACGCCAGCUUCGCAAAGGCCGUGGCCCGCGUCACGGGCAAGAGGGGCGUGGACUGCGUGCUCAACUCGCUGUCCGGCGAGCUGCUGCGCGCAUCGUGGGACUGCGUCGCGCCCUCUGGCAGCCUCGUCGAGCUCGGCCUGCGCGACGUCGUCAACAACACCCGCCUCGACAUGAAGCCCUUUGGCAAGAGCAUAUCCUUUUCCUUCUUCGACGUCAAGGACCUGCCCGAAACCACCCAGGCGGGGCUCCUCGGCACCGUGUUCGAACUCGUCCGGUCUGGCCGUCUGACCCCCGUUUCCCCCAUCACCACCUACCCCAUCGACAGGGUCGAGGAGGCCUACCGCACCAUGCAGCAGGGGAAGCACCGCGGCAAGAUCGUCCUCACCUUCCCCGCCGCGGCCCGCGUGCCCGUGCUGUUCCCGGCCAAGGACUCGCUGACGCUCGACCGCAAGGCCGCCUACCUGCUCGUCGGCGGGCUGGGCGGGCUGGGCCGAAGCCUCUCCCAGCUCCUGGCAUCUUGCGGGGCGAGACACCUCGUCUUCCUCUCGCGCUCGGGGGCCGACGCGUCCCCAGCCGCCAGGGACCAGAUCAAAAAACUCCAAGCCGCGGGCGUGCAGGUCCACGUGCUGCGCGGCGACGUGGCCGACGACGAGUCCUUCCUCGCCGCCAUGCAGCAGUACGAACGCCGCGCCGACCUGCCCCCGAUCCGCGGCGUCGUGCACCUGGCCGCCGUGCUCCGCGACGCCGUGCUGGACAACAUGACGCACGACGACUGGGCCGCGGCGCUGCGGCCCAAGGUGCGCGGCUCGCGCAACCUCGACCGCUAUUUCGACCACUCCAGACCCCUGGACUUCCUGGUGCUCUGCGCGUCGGUGGCGGGGCUCUGGGGCAACGCCGGCCAGGCUGCCUACGCCGCGGCCAACACGUACCAGGACGCGCUGGCGAGCAGCCGGCGCGCGAGGGGGCUGUCCGGGGUGGCGGUGGACUUGGGCAUCGUGCGGGACGUCGGCAUGGCGGCCGAGCAGAGCUUCGGGGCGCGGUUCGACCAGUGGGCAAAGGUCGUUGGCAUCCCGCGCGACGUCUUUUUGGCCUUGAUGAAGAGUUUGAUCAGGGGGCAGAAGCAGCUGCUGCUGCAACAGCAGUCAGGGGCUUCUUCGGACUGGCCACCGCCGCAGGUCUGCUCGGGCCUCGGGUCGGCCGAGAUGUGGGCGACGCACGACAUCGUGCCACCGCCGGCCUACCAUUCCGACCCACGCUUUUCCGCGCUGACCGGCGGUGCCGCCCGGUGGGGCUCGAGACCGCAGUCCGCCGAAGGGAGCGAUGGCAGCCGCUCGUCGUCGUCCUCGUCGUCGUCGCUGGCCUCCCUGCUGGCCGGCGCCACGACCAAACCCCAAGCUGCAGAGUACGUGACCGAAGCCCUCGUGCACAAGGCCGCCGGCAUUCUCCAGAUCCCACCCGUCGAGGUCGACCCGUCCCACCCCCUGUACGAGUAUGGCGUCGACUCUCUUGUCGCCAUCGAGGUGCGCAACUGGAUCAACUUGGCAAUGAAUGCCAAUAUAGCUUUGCUCGAGAUUAUGGGCGGCGAAUCCAUCAGCCAGUUUGCCGUCAAGGUAGCGGAGCGAAGUACUCUGGUGUCGGUGUAG